AGGGAAGGGAGGGGGUGGAGGAAGAUGGUGGAGGCGCUGAAGGUGGUUGCAGGUUCUCCUCUACCUCCACACCAGCCUCCAUCUCGGUCUUACAGGGAGGUGUUGCAGUCCAGAGGUAGUGGUUGGGUUAGCCAUCACUCUGAGACUUCAGCAGGCUUGAGAGGGGUAGGCCUGCAAAGGGGUGUUGCCAUUCCUGUAGAAGAUUAGAUGCGGAGGGUAGAAGGCAGAGGUGUUGUCGGUAUGCAUGAGGAAAGUGUGUUGCGUGCCUUACAGGAAAUGAAAAGUCAAGUUGAUUUGUUACAAGAUAAUAUAGCUUGGAUGAUACGGUGCGCAGAGGGGGUUAAAGGGCAGGGAGUGGGCUUCGGUAAGUUUGAGGGUUGUGGCCCAAGUGGGCCUUAGGAGCUGCCUAAGGCUAGUGGGCAAUUAAAAAUGGGUCAGGCUCGGACUAGUGGGCCUCAGGCUGGGAGUGUGGGCCAGGGAGGAGAGGCUGACUUAAAGGGGAAGAAGGCUGUAAAUGGGCUGGGUUGGAACAGAAGCCCACGUUGGGCUUGGCAGGAGAAAGGCCCGAAACCUAGGAUUUCGGGUAUGCUGGAGGUGCCCGAAUCAUCCACUUCAGGACCGAGUCUUGGGCUGGGUCCGGCACAGACAGGGGCGACGGCUUGCGGCCCCUCAGGUGGUGGUCCGGCGGUGGCCUCAGAUUCGCCGAAAGUGGUGGCGGGAGAAAAUAUAGAUGGCGCUGAAUCCGGUUCUGCAAUUGAUGACUUUGGUGUUGCUCGGGGAGGGUUACCUCUUUAUGGGGUGUCUCAGUCUCCUUCGGCAGACCCUGGGUCACCAUUAUUCUUGGCCCAAUCACAGUUAAAGCCAUGGGGGGAAGAAGAUAUAGCUCUCGGUUAUGAGGGAGUCAGCGAAGAGUUGGCUCACGGAGAUGAGGGGGAAGGUAUGUUGACUUUAUUUGACCCAUGCAAAUAUUCUUCAGAGGGGGAGGAGGCUGUAGGAGAGGAUCCUACUCCGUUAAGUAUGGUUCCUCCUAGUAUUUCCUCGGAUUGGGUUUUGAAAAAAGUAGAGGAACUUCAGAGCUGUAUGGGGAUCUCGUGUGUGCGCUACGAAGAGCAGUUUAAGGCUUUGAUUAUAGCCAUAGAGGCAGAUCAGCAUGGUGUCGGGUCAAGAAGAGAUAGGGAGUUAAAGAGGCUGAUGUGGUCCAUUAAUUACGAUGGCAAGGAGGGGAGUGCGAGUCGUGGAAGAAACAAGGGGAGGGGUGGUAUAGUUGAUAAAUGAAGCCCAAAAUAUUGAGUUGGAAUGUUAGGGGGUUGAAUGAAAUUAAUAAACGCCUUAGAAUAAGAGCUUUACUAAGGCAAUGGAAGGUAGACAUCAUUUGUUUGCAGGAAACAAAGUUGAAGCUUGUCAAUCGUAGUAUUAUUAGGAGCAUAUGGAACUGCCCAUAUGCAGGUUGAACUUACUUACCUUCGUAUGGGGCCUCGGGAGGUAUUUUGGUUAUGUGGGAUAAGAGGGUGGUGGAGAGCAUUGAUGAGUUUGUGGGGGAGUUCUCGGUGGGGUGUUUGUUUAAAAAUUUUGACGAUGGUUUCCUUUGGGCCUUUGCUGGGGUAUACGGUCCGAAUUUGGAUAGUGAAAGGCGGAUGCUUUGGGAUGAGUUGGCUGGUCUUUGUUCUUGGUGGGAGGCUCCAUGGUGUAUUGGAGGGGAUUUUAAUGUGACAAGAUUCUCCAGCGAAAGAUCAGGGGAGGGACGACAAAAUCAAGCUAUGGUGGAUUUUUCAUAUUUCAUUUUUGAGUCAGGCCUUAUGGACAUACCCCUAAUGGGAGGGGAGUAUACUUGGUCUAAUCAUUUUUCUUGGUCAAGACUGGACAGGUUUCUCAUUUCCCCUUCAUGGGAACUUUAAUAUCCAGAUGUAAGCCAGAAAAGACUCCCGAGGAUUUGUUCCGAUCAUUUUCUUGUUAUGCUUGAUGGUGGUGGUAUC